AUGGCAGCAUCCACAGGAGACGCUUGGCCGCAAACCAUGCGCGCCUGGACAUACAGCAGCGCCAGCGGCGGCCUCGAAAAAGCCCUACAGCUGCAGACCGACACGACCCCGCCGCCCAAGGCCCUGCUGGGCAAGGACUCGGUCCUGGUGCGCGUCAGCCACAUGACCCUCAACCCAGCUGACUACAAGCUGCCCGAGCUGGGCCUCCUGUCCAGGCUCGUGAUCCCCGUGCCCGCCAGCCCGGGGAUGGACUUCAGCGGGACCGUCGCGGCCGUGGGCAGCGACGUCAAGGCGUACCGGCCGGGGCAGAAGGUCUUCGGCAGGGUCGAGCCCAUCAAGAACCGGUACGGCGCGCUGGCCGAGUACGUCGUCGCCAAGGACGGCGAGGCCGUCGCGGCGGCGCCCGAGGGGUGGGCGGACAGGACGGACCAGCUCGCGUGCGUCGGGACGUGCGGCCUCACGGCGCUGCAGAGCAUCCAGCCCUACGCCGCGGAGGGCGACAAGGUCUUCAUCAACGGCGGCAGCGGCGGCACCGGCACCUUUGGCAUCCAGAUCGCCAAGGCGCUGGGGCUGCACGUCACGGCCAGCUGCUCCGGGGCGAACGCGGAGCUGUGUCGGGGUCUGGGGGCCGACGAGGUCAUUGACUACAAGGAGCAGAACGUGAGCGAGGUGCUCAAGGCCAAGGGGAAGGUGUUCAAGCUCGUGGUCGACAACGUCGGCUUCACGCCGCCGGGGCAGGAGGACCUGUAUACCGCUGCGAACGCGUUCCUGGUGGACGACGGGCAGUUUGUUCAGGUUGGUGGAGGGGCCAGCGCUUCGCAGAUCAAGUCUGUGGUGACGAGGUCAUUUGUUCCUGGCUUCCUUGGAGGGGGGAAGAGCAAGUUCGCCAUGGUCGUGACGAAGCAGAGCCACGAGGGGCUGGCGAGGAUAGGGGAGUGGAUGAAGGAGGGCAGGAUCAAGGGUGUGAUUGACGAGGUCUUCCAGUACGAGGACGCGCCCAAGGCUUAUGCAAAACUGAAGACGGGUAGGGCGAAGGGGAAGAUUGUGGUGGUGGUUGCGAAGUAG